UAGAACUCCACAGAGAUACAGCCCAAAAUCACACCAUGCCCAACUACAAACUCACUUAUUUUAAUAUGAGGGGGAGAGCAGAAAUUAUUCGUUAUAUAUUUGCAUAUUUGGACAUAAAGUAUGAAGACCACAGAAUAGAACAAGCUGAUUGGCCCCAAAUCAAGCCAACUCUUCCAUUUGGCAAAAUCCCCAUUUUGGAAGUUGAUGGACUUAACCUUCACCAGAGCCUAGCAAUAGCAAGAUAUUUGGCCAAAAAUACAGAUUUGGCUGGAAAAACAGACUUGGAGCAAUGUCAAGUUGAUGCAAUUGUGGACACGUUGGACGAUUUCAUGUCUUGCUUUCCUUGGGCAGAGAAAAAACAGGAUGUAAAAGAUCAGAUAUUUAAUGAGCUACUUACAUGUGAUGCACCUCAUCUUCUACAAGAUUUGGACACAUAUUUAGGAGAGAAAGAGUGGUUUAUUGGGAACUCUGUAACUUGGGCAGAUUUCUACUGGGAAAUUUGUAGUACCACACUUUUGGUCUUUAAACCUGAUUUGUUGGACAUCCAUCCAAGGCUGGCGACGUUACGGAAGAAGGUCCAAAGCAUUCCUGCCAUCGCCAACUGGAUACAGCAAAGGCCCCAAACCAAGCUCUAGGUGAUGUCAGCUGCCUCCAAACUUUGUUAUCCUUUCCGGCUUCACUUCCAUCAGACAAGAAGCUCUAUCAGCAUGCCACACUUUGCACUCUUUCCUCCCCAGCUCCAUCAAGACUUCCACUUUUCCAUAUUCUGCUUAUUAGGAAAAAAGAAAAAU